UGCUCCAGCCCAGGCUUUCUACAUAUUAUUCCUGGACUAAGUGCUGCUUGCUUUGCAAUAUCAAAUUUAUGGAUGAGGAGACAACUUCAGUCUGACAGUAUGUUCUUGAAGAAGAAGUGCAGAUAUGGAUCGCGUAAGCUGCAAUUUCUCUUGUUGUUGCUGAUGCUGGGCUUUUUGCUAUUGAUGGUUACAACACUGAAUCCACCACCCAGCAACCAGACCAAGGAAGGGAUUUUCCAGCCUGUGGAAUUCAGCCCUCGGGAAGGGUAUCAGAUGGACUUUGCGGAGACCCAAGAGAUGCUGGAGACCCAGGAGGAGAGCCAGCAGUAUUACCCUUUGGAUGGGCUAUCGCCUUUCAUCUCCUUGCGGGAGGACGAGUUGAUUGUGGCCGUUGUGUCACCCGCUGGUAAAAGGAACCACAGCAGGGCCAGGAAGGGCUAUCGCAUGGUGAAGCAGCAGAGCAGGCCGCCGGAGGCGAAGGCAGAGGGGGACUCGGAGUCCCGGCUCCUGUCCCUUCCUCUGCGGGCUGAGGAGGGGGCUGCUGCGGGGGAGCGGCCACUCGGCCUGGAAACCCACGGCUUUAACGAAGCGCUCAGCGAGCGGAUUUCUCUGCGCAGGGAGCUGCCUGAGGUACGGCAUCCCUUGUGCCUACAGCAAGAAUAUGACUCCAGUUUGCCUACUGCUAGUGUCAUCAUCUGUUUCCAUGAUGAAGCCUGGUCUACUCUGCUGAGAACUGUGCACAGCAUUAUGGACACAGCCCCAAAGGCCUUGCUCAAGGAUAUCAUCCUAGUUGACGAUCUCAGCCAGCAAGGACCCCUGAAGUCAGCUCUGAGUGAAUACAUCUCUAAGCUGGACGGUGUGAAACUCAUCCGGAGCAACAAGAGGCUUGGAGUCAUCCGAGGUCGGAUGCUGGGAGCUGCCCGGGCAACCGGGGACGUGCUUGUCUUCAUGGAUUCACACUGCGAGUGUCAGAAGGGCUGGCUGGAACCCGUGCUGGCCCGCCUGGCUGGCAACCGAAACAGUGUUGUCUCCCCUGUCAUAGACGUCAUAGACUGGAAGACUUUUCAGUACUAUCACUCUGUGAGCCUGCACCGAGGUGGUUUUGAUUGGAGACUAAAUUUUCACUGGGAACGUGUUCCAGAGCAUGAAGAGAAGGUACGACAGUCUCCCAUCAGCCCUAUCAGGAGCCCUGUGGUAGCUGGUGCAGUAGUGGCCAUGGAUCGACACUACUUCCAAAACACUGGAGCUUAUGAUUCUGACAUGACCUUGUGGGGAGCAGAAAAUCUGGAGCUAUCUAUAAGGACCUGGCUCUGUGGUGGCUCUGUAGAAAUUCUUCCCUGCUCCCGCAUUGGGCAUGUCUAUCGAAGUCACUUUCCCCGUGCUUUCUCCUAUGAAGAGGCCAUUGUGAGGAACAAAAUCCGAAUAGCAGAGACUUGGCUGGGCUCUUUUAAAGAGAACUUCUACAGGCACGACACAGUGGCUUUCUUAAUCAGCAAGGCAGAGAAGCCAGACUGCAGUGAGCGCCUUCAGCUACAGAAGAGACUGGGCUGUAGAAAUUUCCAGUGGUUUCUAUCAAAUGUGUACCCUGAACUCUCCCAACCUGAAGACACACCAAGAUUCUCUGGCAAGCUUUACAAUACUGGUGCCAGCUUCUGUGCAGAUUACAGACCCGGAAGAGCCAUCGCAGAAGGCUCUAUCCAACUCUCCCCUUGCAGUGACAGUGUCACCCAGCACUUUGAAUAUAACAGCAUGAAGGAAAUCCAGCUUGGUUCUGCUCUGCUGUUUUGCUUUGAUGUCAGACACGGGAAGGUUAUCCCUCAAAACUGUACAAAGGAGACAGACCACAGCCAGCAGCAGUGGGAUGUUCAGGAGAAUGGAAUGAUUGUCCAUAUCCUUUCUGGCAAAUGCAUAGAGGCAGUGAAAAGCAAAGAUGAGAAGGACUUGGUCUUGCGUGCAUGUAACAAGAAUCCAAACCAGCACUGGAGUACUGUUGAACAAUCCAACAGGGUUAUAACCAUAACAGCAGCCUCAGGUUUAUGUUGCAAGCCCUAACGGAGUGACUGGCAGGGAGUACUCUUGGCACGAUGAACAUUGGAAAUGUCCUGCAGAACAUCUGUCCCUCCAGAUAAUCCUCAUUUUGACCCUUGACAACAAAAACCUGUUGUUUUUUGUCUGUAGCCCUUAUCUAGAUCAUUCCAGCUGUGCCAGUACCAUUAAAACCUUCCACACUGCGUGGAUCUAGUCCUGCCAGGACGGCAAAUUCCCCCUCUGAAGUGAUAAGGACGUAAAGCUGCAAGCAGGGUAAGAGCAAUUAAUACCUGCUCCUAUACAAGGUCUCACCAGUGCAGUUAUGUUAUUAAAAAUGUUUAAAACACAUCUGCAAAAUAAAUAGUAAAAUGCAAAAAAAAUAACAACCCUCAACCCCUAGAUGUGGACAAAGUCCACAUCCAGCAAGAGCACAGGACAGCCGUAUCCUUUUUUCUUGGUUUUGGCAAUAAUAAGACAAUCCUAAUGGAGAACACAGGAGAGCAAAUCACAGCAGGAGAAAUGGCAGGACAUUUGAGGAGGUUAUUUCUCAGACUGUGAGAAUGUGCAGGUGGUCAUCUGUUCUACUGAGACCAAGAUUUUUCGCUUUCUGCUGGACGUGUCAGAAAUACGCACAAAUCUAAACGUGAUGUUUCCUCUCUGCCCCAUUUGAGAGGCUCAUCUCUCUUAGCUUUCUGGUUGUUUUCUGCCCAACUGGCUAGAAUGAAAAAACAAGGAUGGAAUUUCCACCAGCAAAAUAACUAUAUUGUGAACUACAGUCUUGGAAUCGUCAGUUCUUGGCAGGCAUGAGCAAUGAAUUACAAUAGCUCUAUCUGGGAGAAAAUAUAGAAAAGAGUCUGCAUGGUAAAAACCUGCAGAGUGUCAGAAUGAGCAAAAGUCAACAGAAUUUACAUUGAUCAAACACAUUUGUCAGGUUUAAAAUAUGACAGUCAACCCAUUAAGAGUAGACUAGUGAAACUCAGUAGUUUCAGGUUUUCUGAAAAGGAUGUUUCUGAAGAGUCACUAUACCCCCAGGCACAGAUGGUGUCUCUUCAAAUCUCACUAAGGCAUUUUGCUCCUCAGUGUGUUGCACAAGUCAGGAGCACCAAGAGCAUGCGCAACACAGUGAGAGUGUGUUCGGGUGCCUCCGAUGGCAGGGCCAACAGCCUGACCUCAUGAGCAAGGUAUGGUGAUAGAGGCCGAUUCAAAUCAGGUAUCCUUAUCAGGAGGGUAUUGCAAUAGAGAUUGCAUAGCUGCUGAACAAAAUAAGAGAACAAAAAGAACCCAGCAACAAUGUACGCACACAAAAAAAAUCCAAACCAAAACCAGACUCGUUACUCACUGAGUAAAGUCCUCUGAAGAGUCAAACUUUAGAGGAAGCAAAACUAUUCACAGAUUGGUGUCAAGUGCCAGCCUACGUGGAGGGAUGGUGCAGGGUGAGAAACACUGUGAUAUUUUAUCUCAACAUAUUCAGAAUGAAAUGAAUCAGUUCCUAAAUGCUGAAAUGCUUCAACUGACAUUUUUUGACCAAACUGAUUUUUAUGAAUUUAAAAUCUCCUACCUAUUUUUCAGUUCAAUAAGAAAUAAACAAAACAGGAAC